AUCUAAUACGAUCCCGGAUCCCGGAAUUUUCCGGUACAUUAGAGUUCUUUCCCUUGACAAAAUGGCAGAUAAGAACGAAAAUAGCAGCUUAGAACACACAAACGGCGAUACGCAGCCUGCGACUAAAAAGAUCAAAACAGAUUAUAUAAGAGAGGGUGUAUUGCUUGGAUAUGGAAAUCCAUUGUUGGAUAUUCAAGUUGUGGGCACAGCAGAGUUUUUAAAAAAGUACGAUCUAGAAGCCAACAAUGCUAUACUAGCAGAAGAUAAGCACAAACCCAUGUAUGAUGACAUGACAAAAAGUUUUACAGAUGUACAAUAUGUGCCAGGUGGAGCAACUUUGAAUUCUAUAAAAGUUGCACAGUGGUUAAUAGAAAAACCAAAUGCCACAACGUUCUUUGGUUGUGUAAAUAAAGAUACAUAUGGAAAGAUUUUGGUAGAUAAAGCAUGUGAAAUGGGUGUGAAGAUGCAACUUCAAAACACAGAGAAGGAACCAACGGGCACUUGUGCUGUGAUUGUAACAGGCGAAAACAGAUCUCUAUGUGCAAAUUUGGCUGCUGCCAACUGUUUUACUGAAGAUCAUUUAGAUAAUGCAGAAAAUUGGAAGCUUGUAGAAACAGCUGACUUCUAUUAUUGUGCUGGAUUUCCAUUGACAGUUAGCCCACCCACCAUACUACGACUUGCCAAACACUCUCAUGAGAAUGGUAAAACAUUCUGUAUGAACUUGUCUGCACCAUUCCUUUGUCAAUUCUUCAAAGAUAAAAUGCUCCAAGUGUUGCCUUAUGCAGAUAUUAUAUUUGGGAAUGAAACUGAAGCAGCAACAUUUUCUAAAGAAAAUGAAUUAGGGACUGAAAAAAUUCCUGAGAUUGCAUUGAAGAUGGCAGCCAUGGGAAAGGAGAAUAAAGAUAAGCCAAGAAUGGUGGUGAUAACUCAGGGAGAUUUACCUGUAGUUGUUGCAUAUGAGGGAAAAGUAGAAGAGUUCCCAAUUAUCCCAAUUAAAAGCAAGGAUAUUGUAGAUACAAAUGGUGCUGGGGAUGCAUUUGUUGGAGGUUUUCUGUCCCAGUUAGUACAGAAAAAGCCGUUAGCAACAUGUGUAAAGUGUGGUAACUAUGCAGCUAACCUUGUGAUACAACGAUCAGGCUGUACCGUGCCAGAAAAGCCAGACUUUAGCUAGAACUCUUCACAAUAUGUAUUAUAUACAUGAACUGUUACAUGAUCAUGUCAUAGGGGUACAAUAGGGCAUUCACUCAUAGGGUAUAUAACAGCACUCAGCUGCAGCCAAUGCUGACUUGCUUACACUUUACAACUUAAUUAUUGUGCUAUUUUCUGCUUUCCAACAUGUUAACAGACUUUUAUUUAUAUAUUCAAUUAUAUUAUACAAAUUUUGCACCAUGGUAAAGAAAUUUUGUAAUAAUUUUGGAUGAUAUUUAAUUAGCAAGAAAACAAAGUAAAUAGAUAAACACGAUAGUGCUAAACAGUUACUAUCUAUUUGUAGCAAAAGUAAACUUUUGUAGAUAAGGAUUAAAAUAUUCAAGUCUCAAGAACCCCACGACUACAGGUUUGAAAUAUUCAAGCCACUACACGUGUGUAUAGCACAAAAUUGAAAGUUAAAUAGUUGUAUAACUAGUCCAAGAAGAUAUAAGACAUGAAUCGACCCAAGAGGAUGUUAGCACAAUCUGAUUAAAAUCAUCUCCUAAUUAAUGCUAUGCAUUAGGAUCUGACGGGCAUAGGAGGUCACUUUAUCAUGACCUUUCAAACAGCCAUUCAUCAGCAAGCUUCACAAUUUUGAGAAAUUUUAAUAUUUACGGUUCCGAGAACAAACAUGUGUUCAUGUAGCCAUUGGGUAAACUGGCAAAACAGUCUUGCCAAUUAAAGAUUGAGUCUAUUAUUUUCAGUUUAUUUGUUUCAAAUUACUUAAUACAAUUUUUUUUCUAACAAAAAUCAACAAUUUGUUUCACUUCCACGGACAGCAAUAUUUUGAUUCUUUGUCAAAUGCCUAUUUGUAAGGGACAGUUUGAUGGCAUGGCUAAAAUCAGAUCUUCGUGCAAGAACUAACUUUAGUGGAUCUGAACUUUAUUCAGAUUGAUGUAAGAGAACACAGUGUAUUUUGCUAAGCUUAAUUUUAUUCAAGAAAAAUGUAUGUCAGAGCUUCAUGUAUAAUAUUUUAAGAUUUUUUCUCUUGUUUGAUCUUCGAUACACCUAUUUUUGUUGUGAUAAAAGACAUUGCUCAAUAAUAGAAAAAAUAUUUCUGUUUAUGAUAGAGCCUAUAAUUUUAUUUAGUUUCAUUUAAAAGCUGUUCAAGCUUUAUAAAACUGCAUGGAUACUUUGAACAAAAUUUUUGAUACUACAUGUACAACGUUUACAUUAUUAUUUAUGAAAGUAAUGUAUUAUGUUUAGCUUAAAGAAUAAGAACAAUAGCAUUUAUGCAAUAUUGUUUCAGUUCAGUAUAUUUACUGCUGCAUGACUGUAUUGUUUUAGAUGAUAUUUAAAUGGUUAAAGUGGUGUGUAGUCUAUGUUGAAUGUAGAGUUUGAUGCAAUUAAGUUCACAGAUUUGUGUUCACAAAAAAACGUUUCUUUUCUGUACAUUAGAGUUUAGAGUAUGUAAAUGGUACUGAAUAUCUACAGUUACUUAGUAAAUUACUUCUCAGUUAACAGAUAUUUGAAGAAGAAAAAAGUGACCCACUAUAAGAUCAAUUUAAAACAAUAUAUAUAAUGACUAGUCUUAUGCUUCUAUCAUUUACCAAAAACUUAACUGAGUUAUUUUUCUUGCUCACCAAUGUAAAUUAAGAAUUCCAUAAAUUAAUUAUUCUCAGGAAUUGUUCAUCAGUUUUCCAUUCGUACAAAUUAUGUGUUUACUUAUGAAUUGGUCAAAACAAGAUGCAAGAAAUACCAUAGUAUGUACAUGUCCAUUGUUUAAUUGGUAAUACUUGGUUUAAGUAAUAAUAUUAUUAAUAUUCCUUCAACAUCAUGAUUAAGUUUUGUUAUGUUUUAAUUUAAUGUUAAUAUAACUAUUGUUACACAUUUUACUAUGCAAUGUGGUUACAUGUAUAUGAUGCAAUUGGGAUAAAAUUUGGCAUUGACAAAUCA